CACAGUUGAUGCAGGCAUCAGAUAAAUGUGCUUAUGGAGCAACUGUAAAACCACAAGAGCACCAGUGGGGAUCUGCAGAACAGCUCCCAGAGAGUGGCUGUGCUAAAAGUCUGUAAAAAUGGCUUACAAUGUUUCCCUCCCUGGACCUGGACCGUGGGGAUUCCGUCUGCAAGGAGGAAAAGACUUUAACAUGCCCUUGACCAUCUCCAGAGUUACCCCAGGCAGUAAAGCAGCACAAUCCAGUAUAAACCAGGGUGACGUAGUGGUUGCUAUCGAUGGAGUCAACACAGACGGCAUGACUCACUUAGAGGCUCAGAACAAGAUUAAAUCUGCCAGCUACAACUUGAGCCUCACACUUCAAAAGUCAAAGCGUCCUGGACCAGUUCCCACUGCUACUCCAAGAAUAGAUUCCCCGCUGCCAGUGAUCCCUCAUCAAAAGGACCACGCUUUGGAAAUCAAUGGCAGCAGAACAGCCUACAGUACUGUGUCUAGCAAAUCUGCUGUGCCACGGGGUGGUUUUAUUACCACAAAUGGGACAAUGGCAGGCUACGUCAGCAAGCAAGAAACCAACCAUUCACAUAGCUCUACUUUUAUUAAGAAGCCAGUUAGAUCCUCCAUGUCAACUCACUCAGUGGCAUCUGAAGCAUCUCUGAUUAAGGGUAGCAUAGGGCCAAAAGUUUACCCCUUGCUUAGUGGUACCAAUAAUCCCAACAAUCAAUUUAGCCCAUCUAAGAAUCGACUAUAUAACAACCCAGUUGGGCUUUACUCAGCAGAGACUUUGAAUGAAAUGGCGGAAAUGCAUAAAUUAAGCCUAAAAGGAAGUACUUCAGAAGGUGGUCUUCAUAGAGGUAACCUCCCUGUUAAAGAUCCUCUCAUAGACAUUGCUUCUCCAGUGUAUCAGGCGGUGCUUAAAAAUCAGGGCAAAACUGAGGGCGAAAUCGAUGAAUGGGCACGCCGUGCUGCCAAUCUGCAGUCUAAGUCCUUCCGUGUCCUUGCCCAUAUCACUGGAACAGAAUACAUGCAAGAUCCCGAUGAAGAUGCAUUGAGAAGAACAAGCAGCAAGGAAAAUGUUGCCAAAUCUACAGACACAAGUCCUGCAGGUGCCAAAGUGUCACCAUCUGCCAGGUCAGGUUCCUGGCAACCUACUAAAUCACCUACACGGGAGAACAACUCUUCCCAGCUCAGACCAGUGUCCUCAAGAGGUUAUUCUGUGAGGUUUGGGGGUGAUUCAGGUCCAAGAAAAAACAUUCACACCAGCACUGAUCAGAAUGUACCCAAACUUUCACCCCCUCUUACAUCUACCUAUAAAAGAGCACCAGCCGCUCCCAGCAUCUCUGCUUCACAGAACAAAGCCUUCCAUGGAUCAAAGAACCUGUCCGUAGCAGCAUCCACUAUAUCAUCUGCCAUUUCUGCACAGUCUAGACAAAAAUAUAAAUCACCCAUGUUGCCACCAGCUCUGGAAGCCCUUUAUAUUUCUCCUAUAUUCAUAACUUCACCGCUACUCAAGAAGAGAAACGUACAAAAAAGAUCUGCUGCCUCAUUUCUCCCAAGAAAAGUAUACCGGAGCCUUCAACAGCAAUCGUCCUUCACUACCACCUACCAGUCAAAAGCAAGUCAAUCAUUUUCUUCAUUAACGACUGCUAAAGCUCCAGUGCCUUAUGGGGGGUACAGUGAACCUGCAGCCCUUUCAGCUCCUGCACCAAAACCACGAGUAGUCACUACUGCAAGCAUUAAACCUUCAGUUUAUCAACCUAGUCAAGCUCCCGCUCCAAGUCCACUUCAGCCACCAGCCCAAAUGUAUGCACUGCCUGCACAAGAACCAUCUAACAGACCUCCCUGGGUGACUGAUGAUACCUUUUCUCAGAAAUUUGCACCAAGCAAAUCCACAACCACUGUCACUAAGCAGAUCUUGCCAAAAGCUGCCCCACUUCCACCUACUCCCAGCUACACACCUCAGCCUGUCAGUCAGCCACAGGUUCCCAGGGGUUUAAUCCAACGUGCUGAAAGAUUCCCAGCAAGCAGCAGAACUCCACUGUGUGGCAAUUGCAACAGCAUAAUUAGAGGGCCUUUCCUGGUAGCCAUGGGUCGGUCAUGGCAUCCUGAGGAGUUUAACUGUGCUCACUGUAAGACAUCUCUGGCUGAUGUGAGCUUUGUGGAAGAACAGAAUGGUGUGUACUGUGAACGCUGCUAUGAGCAGUUCUUUGCUCCAACUUGUGCCCGUUGCAACACAAAAAUUAUGGGGGAAGUGAUGCAUGCCCUAAGACAGACUUGGCACACCACUUGCUUUGUCUGUGCAGCAUGUAGAAAGCCAUUUGGUAAUAGCCUUUUCCAUAUGGAGGAUGGAGAACCAUACUGUGAAAAAGAUUAUAUUGCUCUGUUUAGCACAAAAUGCCAUGGAUGUGAUUUCCCAGUGGAGGCAGGAGAUAAGUUCAUUGAAGCUCUUGGUCAUACAUGGCAUGAUACCUGCUUCAUUUGUGCAGUUUGUCAUGUGAAUUUGGAAGGACAACCAUUUUACUCCAAGAAGGAUAAGCCCCUCUGCAAGAAACAUGCUCAUGCCAUCAAUGUUUAAAGAAUGAAUGGCAGCAAUGAAGCUAAGGAUCAAUUGAACAUCAAAGCAGCACAACAAUUAUUGUUCCACCUAAAUGAGUAUUGUGUACCUUAUGACAUCUAAAGUGCAACUUGAUGAUAUACUUGUAUUUAUAUAAAGAGCAUAUAAAAAGAACAUUUGCAAAUGUAAUUUUGAAAAGUGCCUAUGUUAUACGUUAAUAGGCAAGAGCAUCACUUUAACCAUGCAAUAAGACAUUGCAUACAGAGGGAUAACGAAUAGUAGCAACCCAGUUCAGGAACACCUAGUUCCACUUUGUAGUCAAGAACAUUUUGUCCCUGUGUUUAUUUAUUAUCCCUCUGUGCAUAAAAACAAUGUGCUUUCCUGGUUAAUGAUACCAUACAAACGUGUUUGCUUAUCAUAAACAUUUUAUAGGUUUUUACUGUGAGUGAAAAUUUUGCUGAAACCUUGCCAGGUAUAUCAACAACUAUAUAAACACCUGAAUACAAGGGUGGAAGCCUUUCUAGAUCAAAACAAAUAAGAACUAUUAGAAGAUUUGUUAAGAGAAAUUAAUUUUUACAUACUCCAAAAUGAUCAUAGAAGGCCCAAAUUUACUUCAAAGAGUGGUGUAACCCUUACAUCUCCACUGACUAAACAGUAUAGUAUAUAUUGGACAGUGAAGUGAUGUCGAUGGUACACGUGGAAGCUUAUUUAUUAAAGGUCAGAUUUUAGUGGUUUUAGAGGUUUUUGAACUCAUGACUAAACUCAUAAACUCAUAAAAAAUUAUUCCGAUUUAAAAAAGUAAGAACAAAAAAAAAAUGCUGAAUUCGGAAACCUCUAAAAUUCUGGUUUAAAAAUUGUUCAAUAGGAUCAGAGCACCUCCCACUAUAGUACCUUGACAGCUUUUACUUGGCAAUGUUUGGCAUUAAAGGCUUUCAUGGUUAUUUCACUUAAUAAAUGUCAAAUUGUUAGAGCAUUUUAGAAAUAUAGGAAAUUUGUGGAAAAAAAAACGAAAUUCGAUUGUAAGUAAAUGGGCCCCAAAGAUAUGUUGAUUAAAUAUUAGCAAAAUACAUAUAUAUAUUCCCUUUUGAUAAUGGCUCAUAUAUGUUUUGUUCAGCAUAUCCACCCUGCCAGAAGAAAGUGUGUUAAAUCCAGUUCUGUAGAAGAAUUUGCUGGAAUAGUUAUAAUGAAGCCUGGAGACUGAAAGCAGAGCUCUGGGUCUAGCACAAAAAUAAUCAGAGUGCCAAGCAACCAGAUAUAUGGUAUUUUUAGAGCCGUAGUGGAUAAUGUUUUAAAAUAAAUUAAGUGCAUCUUCACCAAAAAAGGAAGUGCUG